AAGAGCUGGUAAGCCGUCAGAGGCUCUUAUAACCCCCAACAAGAAGGUAACACGCGUGGAUCACUCAUGGAAAUAUUUCACAAUUUUGAAAGGAAAUACUUGUAUCCAGAGUAUGUUAAUGCAAGUAUUGAGGCACACACUGAAGAUGUCAGAAUUUGGGGAGAUGUUGCAAAACUUGUUGCUGUUGGGAGUUACAUAGCUGUUUUACAAGAACCUGAGUGCCAGGCUGCCCUUGGCAGUGGGACCAAGAAGCAAAGGGUUGCUGGAGUCUCCAUCAAGGAUCAUUACAAAGAUGUAUUGUCUUCCUACCUAUAUGAUGGAGAAGCUGAUAAACAACAUGUUGUGCUCUGCAUUGGUAUAUCGGCUCUUCAACUGUUUACCCAAAAUAAUUUCACUGGACCACUAAUUGGUCCACCACCCUGUACAUUAUUACCAAAUUUAAUACCUGAGGGACAGGAAGAAAAUAAAGUCAGAGAGGAAGCAUUAGAAUCACUAGUAGGAGACACUGAAGGGGUUUACAACUUGUUGUAUGGGCCUGAGUAUCUAGCGUUGGCCCGUCUUAUUCUUGUAGAACUUAGACCUUUAUUGUCAACAUGCUUGACAGUAGAUUGGUGGUGCUUUCGUUGUUCUCUCCUGCAUCAAAGGGUAGCUGAUGAACGAUCACCUCAGCUGUACGAGACAGUCUUACAGGCUCUAAACCAAGUAGAAAACAAUCCACAGCUGGUCAAUACCAGUGUAUCAAGAGACCUGACUGCUCUUUAUCAUCUUGAGGCUGGGCAUCUUCAUUUAUUCUUUUAUGAUGUUGGACGAGCUGGUGACCAUUUUAAGAAAGCAGCACAAGCCCUGGAGAUUGAUAUUGAAUUAUCAGGAGCACUUGGGAAAAGAACAAAGUGGCAACAGGAGGACAGACCCCAGUUGAUUGUUAAGGUACAUUAUAAAGGACAACCAUUGAUGGAGAGUGAGCUCCCGGGUCGUAACCUUCUUCCGACAGACCUCCCGAAAGACAUUAUUCUCAACGAUGAUGUUCGACUCCAUAAAUUAAAAUUCAAGGAGCAAGAUGAAGAUGUUAUCCCUGAUUUAAAGCCAAUUGAGCAAUCUGUAAUUUUGUCCACAGUCACUCACAAGAGACGAUCAUCAGCAGCUGAUUUGCAGCUUGAUCAAGAGACAAAAGCCUACCUUGUAGCUCUCCUCCAGUACCCAAAAAACUGGUGUUUCCAGAUGUCAGCAUUACUUCUAAGAUCUCAUGUAGAGGCUACUGAAACUAGAGCAAUGGAACGUUCACUGAAUCAAAUGGAGGAACUCUUAGCAGCUGUGAAUCGAACUGAACCAUCUAGAUACGAAAGGCUGAAGCUCUUUUUCACUUCAUCAGUACUCCCUCAGUGGGAAUUACAACAAGAGCUAGCAAAGAUGCUGAUGCGAUUAGGAUGCAUCAAGACUGCUCUUGAGGUGUUUGAACGUCUUCAACUUUGGGAGGAUGUCAUUACGUGCUACAAUGAGCUGCAAAUGCGUCAACGGUCCACAGAGCUAGUGAGAAGUCAGUUGGAGAAAAGAGAGACCCCAAAACUGUGGUGCCUGUUAGGUGAUGCCACAGAUAAUAUUGAAUGUUAUGAGAAAGCUUGGGAAUUAUCCAACCACAGAAGUGGAAGAGCUCAGCGAAGCUUGGGAAAUUAUUAUUAUGUGAGGAAAUGCUACAGUAAUGCUAUUACACAUUAUGAAAAAAGUAUUGAAAUUAAUAAGUUGCAGUUCCCUGUAUGGCAAAGGCUUGCAUAUUGUGCCUUGUUGGUUGAAGACUGGGAAAAAUGUGCCCAUGCAUAUAGAAGAUGUAGUGUGUUGGAGCCAGAUAGCUUUGAAGUUUGGAACAAUUUGAGUCAAGCAUACCUGAAACUGGAUCAGAAAUCAAGAGCAUGGAAAGCUCUCCAAGAAGCAUUGCGGUGUAAGGUUGAUUCAUGGCGCUUAUGGGAUAACUUUAUGCUUGUAAGUACAUCUUUGGGGUAUAUAUCACAUGCUUUGAAUGCUUACAAUCAUAUUUUAACUAUGAAGGAGCGUCAUGUUGACACACAGAUCCUUGGACGCAUAGUAAAAGCUAUAAUAGAAAAUAAGGUUCCUGAAGGACAUGACAUACGGGGAUUAUACAAAAUAUGCUCAAAGUUGCUUGGUCGGUUGACUAGUGAGGUACCAACGCACCCAGAAUUGUGGUUUCUAUAUGGAAUUCUUACUCAGGCCAAUCCAGAGCCAAAUGCCGAGACUCGUCACUUUGCCAUGCAGCAGUUCAAGAAGGCUUUAGCAGCAACUACACAGAAAGCAGGAUGGGAAAAGGAUACUGUUGCAGUAGUAGCUGCAUUGCAUCGCUCUGCUUAUUUAAUAGAUGCAGCCCUAGCAGCCACUAAUGCUGUCCCUGUCAAGGUAGCUGUAACGGAUCUCAAUUCUGUAAGAAUAUCUGUUCGUGGGACUAUUGUGGGAACUCAACGAGGUCAAGUGAGUAUAGCCACUGGUUAUGUUUUGGAAGACGUACAAGAGCCACUCAAGACAGUAGAAGAGAAAUUGGCUGUAUUGUUACAAAAGCUGGAAGAACUUAAAUUGCAGACCUGAUUUGAAAGUCUGAACUAGUAGACUAAAUAUUUUAUAUUAACUUAAGGGGCUCAGGCAGAGCAAUCCCAAUGUCCAGAAUUUCUUUUUUAUCACUUUUUGGAAAAUAAAACUGAAAGAAGUCCUUGCUGUUUGACAAUACCAAUAUUUCAGAAUAUUUGCAUGAAAAAUAAAAAAAAAAUAUGUUUUAAAACAUAUGGUAAGCAUGGACCCUUAAAUGGCUGUACAGAGUUAUUUAAAAAAAAAAUAACUGUGUUGUAAAUGCUGCAGCAAGGAGGAGGCUGGAGGCGGUGGAGAUGUCAUGUCUAAGGGCAGUGUGCAAUGUAAAUAUUAUUCUGAGAAUUCAUAGUGUGGAAAUUAGGAGAUGUGAAGUUACUAAAAGUAUUAGAGGGCUGAAGAGGGAUUGUUGAGGUGGUUUGGUCAUUUAGAGAGGAUGGAACAAAGUAGAAUGACUUGGAGAGUGUAUAAAUCUGUAGAGAAAGGAAGGCAGGAUAGGGGUCAGCCUAGGAAAAGUUGGAGGGGGAGGGGCUUGGACUUACAGCAAGCAUGUGUGAGCUUGUUAGAUAGGAGUGAAUGGAGACGAAUGGCUUUUGGGACCUGACAAGCUGUUGGAGUGUGACCAGAGUAAUAUUUUGUGAAGGGAUUCAGGGAAACCAGUUAGCCGGACUUGAGUCCUGGAGGUGGGAAGCACAAUGCCUGCACUUUAAAGGAGGGGUUUGGGAUAUUGGCUGUUUGGAGUGACGUCUAAACUGUCAUAUCUGAGCACUUCUACAAAGAUAGUGAUUAUGUAUGAAUGAUGGUAAAAGUGUUGAAUGAUGAAAGUUUUUUCUUUCUUUUUGGGUUUUUCUUUCUUUUUGGAUCACCCUGCCUUGGUGGGAAACGGCUGACAUGUUAAAAAAAAAAAAAAAACUCUGACAGCGCACUAUUACAAAGUAGAUCAUCAGUUAUGCAAUGAUUAGCUAUUUGACAUACAACAUUGGGUAAGAGCUAGUUUAAAAUGCCAACAGUUGUGAAACGACACAUUCAUUGUUAGGAUAUAUUUUUUGAGGAAAUGUUUUUCCAUUUGUGUGGCAGUGCAUUUCCUCACUAAAAUUUCUUAACACUGGAUUUAAAACAUUAUCUGGUAGUUUUAUUCAGUCCAGCACUGAAAUGAUAUUGCAAAGAAUGAAAGUGCAACAACAAAGGAUCAUAAAGAUAAAUAUGUAAUCAUCUGUGUUGUUAAAAACCAGAUGCACACUACCCUGAGGUGCUAAAUAUGCAAUGAUUUCGUGUGCUAUAAUGUCAAAUAUAUAUGUUAUAAUUAAGUUGUCAUUGAUGUGCAAGAAAUUUUUUUCUUAGUAAAGCAGGUUAUUUUAAUCCAAAAAUAUUAAGGUAGGUAAAAGUCCCUAUGAAGAGAAAUUAUUGGUUUACUGGAAAUCUUGAACUGAAAGUACUGACACUGAUGCAAUACAGCUUACAUUCAUGUGUUAAAUUUGUACAUUUAGUUUGAUAAAGAAGAGCAGUGAUCCAAAAGUUAAUAACACUGUAAAAGAUUAAGUCGUUAUGUGGCAGUGUCAGGUGCUCAGUAAUGUGCUCUUGAUGAUGUAUCUUGUUUUUUAUUUAUAAAUCACAUUCUUAGCUUUUAUUGCAAUUGUAUUACAUUGCAUUGCUUAUUAAUAUAUUUUUAAACAUUACACCUAAUAAUGCUCAUUAAAAAUUAACCAUUCUGUAAAUAACAUGUAAUGGUUAAUUACCAUACUACAAAUCUUCAGUUUUAUAAUUAUUGAUAAUAAUUAUAUACAGGAAGGUGGGAAGUACAAUACCUGUACUUUAAAGGAGGGUUUUGGGAUAUUGGCUGUUUGGAGUGACAUCUAAACUGUAGUACAGUGGACCCCCGCAUAACGAUCACCUCCGAAUGCGACCAAUUAUGUAAGUGUAUUUAUGUAAAUGCGUUUGUACGUGUAUGUUUGGGGAUCUGAAAUGGACUGAUCUACUUCACAAUAUUCCUUAUGGGAACAAAUUCGGUCAGUAUUGGCACCUGAACGUACUUCUAGAGUGAAAAAAUAUCGUUAACCGGGGGUCCACUGUACCUGGGCACCUUUGCAGAGACAGUGAUUACAUGUGAAUGAUGAUGAAAGUGUUUAUUUUUUAGGGUCACCCUGCCUUGGUGGGAGACGACCAUGUUGAAAAAAAGAAAUUAUAGGAGUGUGCAAAAGUAUCAGCAUUGAUGGGUGUAGGCUAAAAUUGAUAGUACAAUGGAACCUUGUUUGUCGAAUGGACUAGUUGUUGAAUAAAUCAGUUUUUGAAUCAAUUUGUUCAGUUUGGUUUUCAUACGUGGUCUUGGUUAUUGACUAUUCCUUUAGCUCUCCUCUGACAGGUAAGAGGCAGUUAAAUUUUCAUUUACUGUACAGUAUUUCAGUUAAAGUUUCUUUUAGUAUUCAUUGUUACAAUUUUAUAUAGUAGUAUAUUAUUGUACCCACGGAACAAGUGGUAAUGAUCAAUAACAACACUGCACUAGCUAAGGAGUCGAACCCAUGCUGUUUUGGCCCGCCUCAUGGUGAGAGAAAACGCAUGGCGCUUUAGACCACUAGACCCCACAAUCUAGUCUGGUCUAAUGGUCGAAAGCGUCAUGCGUUUUCUCUCACCAUGAGGCGGGCCGAAACAGCAUGAGUUCAACUCCUUGGCUAGUGUAGUGUUGUUAUUGAUAUAGCAGUAUAUUUUUAAUAAAUCAUUGUACAUGUUGUAUUGUCAUGGGGUCUGGAAUGGAUUAAUUCUGUUUACAUUAUUCUUUAUGGAAAAAAUUGGUUUGGUUGUUGAACCGACAUCUGGAGUGAAUUAAGUUUGACAGCUGAGGUUCCACUGUAUCAGUAUGACAGAAAUUUGGUAUCCCCAUCACUAAUUUGUUUCAGCUGUGGGUGUGUGUACAUACUUGUGCAAGCUCACUUUUAUGUAUUUCCCAACAUGUGGUUGCAGGGUCAAAUCCUAAUUCCUGGCCCUGUCCCUCAACUUGCCACCUGCCAGAUUCACUCCCUUCUAGUCUAUGGACUCUGUCAUACCUGUUCUUAAAAUGUUGUAUGGAGCCUGUCUCCACCACUUCUUCAUUGAGAUCAUUCUACUUCCUGAUACUCCAAGAUUUAGCUGCUAAUGUGUGUCUUUAACUUCCAGCUGAGUCAUUGAGUUCAUGUUUCAUGCCCCUUUAAAAGCUUAACCCUGUCUACCCUAUCAGUUCCUCGUACUAUUUUGUGUGUUGUUAUCCUCUCUUUCCGGGUUCAUCUGUUCUUCACUGUUGUUAGAUUCAGUUGCUUUAGCCUCUUCUUUUAGCUCAUGUCCCUUAGCUCAUGUCCCCAAGCCUGUUCCACAGCUAAGGGACAAGUUUCUUAACAUGCUUUAUUUUCAGGUGUGGGUUCCAUACUGGGAAUGCAUACUUAAGAUGGUCCUGACAUAUAUUGUGUAGAGGACAUGGAAUGACUCUUUGUUGAGAUUCCUGAAGGCUACUCUUAGAUUUGCCAGGCGAGCAUUGGAUGCUGACAUUAUUCAGUUGAUGUGUACUUCUAGUGAUAUGCUAGGCACUGUGCUUACCCCCGUGGUUUUUCUUUUUGAGUGAGGUCUGCAAUCUCUGUCCCCUUAGUCUAUGCUCUCUGUAUCUUCUAGUCCCUUCCCAAUCUUCUUGGUCUUCCACUUUGCUGGUGUUAAGUUCAAACAAUACUUAACUUUUUUUUACGGGGUAAAUAUUUGGCAAGCAAUGUGGAAUUUGCUAAGGUAAGUGAUUAGUGAUAUCCAUAAACAGUGGGUUAACCCUUUCAGGGCCAGUCCCGUAUAUGUACGGCUUGAUAGCCGGUGUCAGUCCCGUUUUUAUACGCCAUAAUUCUAGCACCUUCAAAUCUGGUGGAAGAAAGCUGGUAGGCCUACACAUGAAAGAAUGGGUCUGCAUUCUCGGUGUGCACAGUUUAAAAAAAAUCCUGCAGCACGCAGUGCAUAAUGAGAAAAAAAUUCCGAUGGUGGUUUUGGUUUAAAACAACGACUUUGCAGUGUAUUUUCAUGUGGUAUUUAUGGUUGUAUUCUCGUUUUCUUGGUCUCAUUUGAUAGAAUGGGAAAUACAUUACAGAAAUAGAGAUGAUUUUGAUUGUUUUCACGAUGAAAAGUACCUCAAAAUUGAGCUCAAAGUAGCGAAUAUGUUCAACUUUUGCCGAUGUUCAAAAGAAAAACAAAUCAUGCCAUGUGUCCAGUACACAUCAACUGGUGAAUCUAAUAUUCUUUCAAAAGUGCACUGAUAUUAUUUAUACCAUUUUUACAAUAAUGCAGUAGUCUGCAUAACAGUUAAUCUAUUUUUUGUAAGAAUAAAAUUCAAAAUGGAAAGCAAGAGUAAUAUAAGAGGGGCCUGAGACAUGAAUAAUGAAUAGAGAAAAUGUUAUUUUAGUGCCAGAAAUGUCUGUCUUGUUUAUUCUGGACCCUAUUUUGAAAUUGGCAUCUUUUGAAAUUUGGUUGAAAUUGGCCAAAUUGCUAAUUUCUGACCACUUUAUUGGGUAGUUGAAAUCGGUAAAUGGGCAGUUUCUUGUACUCAAUUGAUAGAACAAAUGGAGUUCUAGCGAAAUAGCUAUGAUUUUAGUCGACUAGAUCAUUGGAAUUGGCCGAAAAUAGGGCUCAGAGUGGGUGAAAUCGCUAACUUCGCGAGAACGUAAUUUCUUAAGUUUUCCAUCAAAUUUCAUAUUUUUGGUAUCAUUACCAUCAGGUAAAGAUUCUCUAUCAUUUCAAAAGAAAAAAAAAUUUUUUUUUUUUUUUGACCCUGAGAGUGAGUUAAGGAUCAGGGGUCUCGACCCUCAAAGAGUUAAUAUUCCCACCUACCAAGGAGUUCAGUGGACAGUGACACUAAGCACAUUAACCCUUUGACUGUCGCAACCCCAAAUCCUGAAGUGUCUCCUGGUGUUGCAAAAUAUUUGGAAAAAAAAAAUUAUUUUUCCUAUGAAAUGACAGAGAAUCUUUUCCCGAUGAUAAUGACACCAAAAGUAUGAAAUUUGAUGGAAAACUUACAGAAUUAUGCUCUUGCGAAGUUGGUGACCUUGGCAACAUUUACGCAUUGGCGAUUUUGUCCAAUUUGAGCCCUAUUUUCAGCCAAUUCCAUUAUUCCAGUCCACCAAACUCAUAGCUAUUUCUUUAGAACUCCAUUUGUUCUAUCAAUUGAGUACAAGAAACCACCCAUUUACCAAUUUCAAUUACCCAAUAAAGUGGUCAAAAUCUGGUAUUUUGGCCAAUUUCAUGCAAAUUAAAAAAGUCAGUUUCAAAAUAGGGUCCAGAAUGAACAAUGCAGACAUUCCUGGCACUAAAAUAACAUUUUCUCUGUUCAUCAGUCACGUCUCCAGGCCCCUGCUAGAAUAUUCUUGCUUUCUAUUUUGAAUUUUUAUUCACACAAAAAAUAGAAGAUUUACUGUUAUGCAGACUACUACAAUAUUGUAAUAAUUGUAUAAAUAAUGUCAACCCAUUCGUGACUGCAUAUUAGAAUAGCUAGUUGGACAUUUGUUGGACAAUGACAUCAUUUGUUUACUGUUGAACAACGGCAAAAAUUGAACAUUUCUGCCAAUUUGAGCUCCAUUUCAAGAUCCUUUUCAUAGAAAAACCAAUCAAAAUCACUUCUAUUUCUAUAAUAUGUUUUCCAUUCUAUCAAGUGAGACCGAGAAAACAAGAAUACAACCAUAAAUACUAUACAAAAAUACACCUCAAAGUCAACAUUUUAAUCCAAAAACACGGUUGGAGUUUUUUUUUUCUAAUUUUGCACUGUGUGCUGCAGGAUUUUUUUUAUACUGCACACACUGACCACACAGACCCAUUUUCUCACAUGUGGGCCUACCAGCUUUCUCCUACUUGAUUUGAAGCCUCUAGAAUUUUUGAGGAGGAGAGAGAGGUACAUGAUAAUAUAUACCUGGAAGGUACUCGAGGGCUUGGUCCCAAAUCUGCACACUGCUAUAACAACAUACUGGAGUGAGAGAUAUGGGAGGAAGUGUAAAAUAAACCCAGUGAGGAGCAGGGGUUCAGUGGGGACAAUAAGGGAACACUGUAUCAACAUCUGGGGUCCCAGACUUUUCAACAUCUUGCCAGAAGAUAUCAGAAACACUGCUGGAACAAGUGUUGAAGCCUUCAAGAGGAAACUAGACAAGUAUCUUCACCAGGUGCCAGAUCAACCAGGCUGUGAUGGAUAUGUGGGGCAGCGGGCCUCCAGCAGCAACAGCCUGGUUGACCAGGCGAGCACCAGACGAGCCUGGCCCAUGGCCGGGCUCAGAGAGUAGAUAUACUCUUGAAAUUCUUCAAAGGUAAAGGUAUAUACGUCAAAAACAUUGGCUCGUAAGAUGUAUAUAUACGACCAAAACAGUCAAAGGGUUAACAGACCCAGAGUAAGUUGAGAGGUAUUGUAUAUGCAAUACCUCUCAAACCACAGCUCCAAGGGCAAUAUCAACUUAAAGAUCAGGAAUGAGGCUUAUAUAAUACAAAUAUAAUACAGGUUAAUCCUUAAGUUGCUGAGUGCCCAUCGUCUGUCAAGCGUCAUGACAAACGUCUGCCUGUGCAGCUGUUUUGCAUUAUUAUUUCAGCAGCCGAUAAAUUCAGGAUCUCAUAAGCAUAACAGGAUUUGUACUUAGUUAAGUUCAAUUUUAUACAAUGGAACCUCAGUUGUCGAAUGCCUUACUUGUUUACUUGUCGAACAAUUUGAUUUUUCGAAUAUGAGGAAUUCAAGAAAUGUAUGUCAAGGUUUUCAUACAUGCUCUUAUUGUUGACAGACAAUGCUCCCAGGGUCGAAGAAUUAAAAAAAUGAGACCAAAAGUAUGAAAUUUGAUAGAAAACUUAUGGAAUUACACUAUCUCGAAGCUAGAGGUCUCAGCGAUAUUUACACAUUGGAGAAUCCACCUACUUUAAGCCAUAUUUUGGGCCAUACUCAUGGCUAUUUUGCUAGAACUCCUUUUCUAUCGAUUGAGUACAAGAAACCGCCCAUUUAUUUCAGCUACCCAAUAAAGUGAUCUGAAAUUACUAAUUUGGCCAAUUUCACACAAAAUUCAAGAAAGGCCAGUUUCAAAAUAGGGUCCAGAAUAAACAAUGCAGAUAUUCCUGACACUAAAAUAACAUUUUCUCUAUUAUUAGUCAUGUCUCCAGGCUGCUCUUAUAUUAUGCUUGCUUUUCAUUUUUAAUUUUUAUUCACAAAAAAAUAGAAGACUUACUGUUAUUCAGACUACUGCAUAAUUUUAAAUAGUAUAAAUAAUAUCAGCGCAUUUGUGAAUGCACAUUAGAUCCACCAGUUGACGUGUAUUAGACGUGUGGUGUGAUCUGUUUUCGCUCGAACAUUUCCGCUACUUUGAGCUCAAUUUCAAGCUUACUAUUUCUGUAAUAUAUCUUCCAUUCUAUCAAAUGAGACCAAGAAAAUGAGAAUACAACCAUAAAUACCAUACAGAAAUACACAUUUAAACCAAAAACAUGGUUGCAGUUUUCUCAUGCACUGCAUGCUGCAGGAUUUUUUUUUUUAUGCUGCACGCACUAACCAUGCAGACCCAUUUUCUCACAUGUAGGCCUACCAGCUUUCUCCCGUAAGAUUUGAAGCCAUUAGAAUUUUGCCAUUAGCUCUCCCCUGACAGGUAAGAGGCAGUUAAAUUUUCAUUAAUUGUACAGUAUUUCAGUUAAAUUUUCAUUUAGUAUUUAUUUUUAGUUUCCCUGUGCUGUAUAAUUUUAUACAUUGCUUUAUAUAGUAGUUAGUAUAUUGUUAUUAAUAAAUUAUUUUAUUGUUAUUUGGGGUCUGGAACAUAUUAAUUCUGUUUACAUUAUUCUUCAUGAGAAAAAUGGCUUUGGUUGUCGUCCAUUUUGGUUCUCGAAGCAGCAUCCGAGUUAAAUUCGACAACCGAAGUUCCACCCAGUAGUGAUGAGAUAGAUAAAUGUGUAUUACUACUGUAAUCAUUUUUGGGUGGGAUAAGUUUUAAUAUUUCACAAUGCGACUGCCAAACUUUAAAUUAUCAGAACAUAUUGUUAACCUAAAAACAAUUGGGCCAGACCAUUUAGAAUAAAUGAAGUGCAACUGAAAAAUAUUUAUGGGGAUUCGGUAAGGCUAUAGGAGUCAUAUAGCACUUGGAAAAAGCAAAUUGGAGGCAGUCAAGUCUGAUUCAAAGAGGUGCAAAGUUACUCCCAUUCACUGGGUCAAAAGCCCUCUACUGGCAUCAAGGCACCUCCUUUGAAGGACAACUUCCAUAGUAAAGCACAGGGAUAAAUUUAGUUGUGAAAAUAAUUUUUUUUCAGUGGAUCACCUUAAUGUAUCAUUAUCAUUUACAUGUUAUAGGAAGUAAUGUUGCAGGUAAAAAAAAAAUUGUUUGCACACUUGAAUACCUUUUAUUUGUCCCAUUACAAGAGAAAAUAUUUCACUACACUUAAUCACCCUGAUUUUAAAUAAGUACAUUGGUUAAACAAGGUAUACAGUGUACUGGAUUGUAAUUUACAGCUCUGUUCUCUAUUUAGGUCCAGAUAAUGCAGUACUGUGCAUUCAAUUUUUCAUAUUAGAGUAUGAACUUUAAAAGAAAUUCAAUUUAGCAAUGGCUUUAUAUUUUACUUAACUUUUACAGCAAAAGCAAUAACUUAAAAUAUUAUGUGGAAAAUCAUGAAAGCAUUACAAAAAAAUUUUCUUAAAAAUAUUAUGUGGAAAAUUAUGAAAGGAUUACAAAAUUUUUUUCUGGACUUUUGAUUCUAAAGGGAUAUAUGUACCCCCUUCCCUCCCAAACCUUGCUUAUUGCUUGUUAGUAACUAUUAGCAGCAUAACACAAUGAAGCAUUCAAGCAAAGAUGAUUAAUCGGCAUAAGCCAACUGGGAACACCUGAAGAUGCACCUUUUUCCCAAAGGUAAAAUAGGAAAUUCAAGUUAUACACAUUUUUGAUAUGUUAAAAUUUUGUCUGGACUACACAUGCAACCUAACCUUGCUUAAAUUUACAUAAUAAAAUAUAGCAUAAUUCAUCUAUCAAGGAAUUUGCUUAUCUGUAGUUAAUUAAGUUUAUUUUUUUUUUGUGUGUGUGUGUGAUGAGGAGGGCUAAUAUUCAGGUGACCAAUGCUUUACUUCACUCAUUAUAUGCAACUUAAAAUUCUUUUAGACUAGACCAAAGCAAAAGCAUGAAAAGAUAUCUGGAAACCAUUAUAGUUUUAUUUUAUGAAUAAACAAUGUAGCCAAGAGAUGGCACACCUUAAAUUAAGGUGUGUUGUAGUUGAUACAGGCAUGCCUGACUCACGAAAUCAUAAUGAUAAUGAAAUGAGAGAUCAUUAGAUCCUAAAGAAGCAAAUGCAGUACAGAUAAUAUGUUACAUAUUAGUGUAAAGGAAAGGAUUAAUGAUUUGUUAGUGCAUGUAUAGGGUUUAUCCCUUUAUACAUCUAUUAAGCAGGUUUUACUAGUUCCAAAUUAUGCUCACCUAUGAUAUCUGUGCUGAUAAUCUCAGGUUUAGCACUUAGUCCAUAUUAUCUAAAUGAACCUUACAGGUUAGUGCAUUUCUAUAAUAAAUCCAAUCAUUAAAGGUUGCUAGUAAACUAAAUCAAUUUUGAGGUGGAAAUUAAUCUCCCAUCAGAUUUUUGUCUAAUUUUUAGAAUUAGGCACCAGUAUUAUUAUGAGUGAUAAAAUAAAUCAAAGUUAGUCAGUAAUUUUAGCGUAUGAGUAUUAUAGGAGUCUUAUGGCUUAGCGCUUCUUUUUGAUUAUAAUAAUAAUAAUAAAUAAUAAUAGGAGUCUUACACACACCAGAUAAAAUUAGUAACCGGUGAGAUAAUAGUUUUGAGCCAAAGAGCAUCAAAUCAAGAUUAGCAAGGCAAAAAGGAACAAAAAUGAGGUGAACGGAAACAAACCACAAAUACUUGACUUUCAGUAAUGAAUAAAAUAACAUGGAAGGAAGAUCAGUAAUUAAUGAAUUUAUUUCAAGACAACAUAAAUACAAUAUAAAAAUCUGAAACCCCAAAGUAUGCACAGCAUUAUUAUUAUAAUCAAAAAGAAGCGCUAAGCCACAAGGACUAUACAGAGUAUGCACAGCAUUUUAAGCAAAUUUAGAUUAGUAUUAAGACUACUUACUGCUAAAAGAUUAUGUAACUUCUUAUGGGUCUAAUAUGAUGUAUUAUCAGGAAGUUCAAAAAUGGUAGUUAAGGUAUAAAUUACAAUUAUUAUUGAUAAGAUGGAGAAGGUUGACCGGUAGCUAUAUAACCUAUUAGUUUAGUGCUCUUCCCCCAUGACUUAUAUUAAAUAUGCCUCACAUCAGUUAUCAUUUUCAUAUCCUAAAUAAUUUUUAUAAUAAUACAUAUCUUGACAUUCGUGUCAACCCAGUCUUAAUUUUAAUUCAUGUCAUGUAUGCUACCAAGAUAGUUCUUUAAAGACUAUUAUUAAGAAUAAUUAGUCAUAGACACCCAAGCUGAAUGAUGAUCAUUUUUUAAGUAGUCAUAAUGACAAGUGCUACAGUAAAUAGACAAUACAGUAGUGGUCUUUUGGUAUAAUGAUUCACAUGCAAGUAGGUUUUAUCUGACCCACACAUGAGUGAAAUGUACCAACAAAGACUUCACUGCAUUGUUAAUUUACUACUCCCUUCCCCUAAGUUUAUAUUCCUAGCUAUUAGACCCUUUUGGGUUUAGUGCUUAAUUUGAUUAUGUUAUUAUUAUUAUUAGCUAUUUCAUAUGCAACCUUACAAUACCCUUUAAGCAGUUUAGUCCUAGUUUAAUUCUAACCAAAAUGCUGAAUAUAAAUAUGGGCUUUAAAAAAAAAAAAAUUAUAUUUACACUGCUAAUCCAACAUCAUUUUUUCCGUUUAUAUGUACUUUAUAAAAUGCUUUCAUUAUUCUUGGUAUAGCCCAAAACAAUAUGCAGGAUAACAGAAGUUCCUCUGUAACUCGUAACUCGCCAAACAGUACAUAAUCAUUAGUGUUAAGUUAAAGGAAAAAAUGGUAAACCCAAGUUUUUGAACCAGGUCAGCAUGGUAGAAGAAUGGCUAUGUUGUGGGUCAUUCAUAGUAGAAGGAAAGAAGUACGUAUAGGGUUGAGAGAAGCACAAAGGUAAAGUUGUAAUUAAUACAAUAAAUUAGUGCUAAUUAACCCGUAAACGGUCCAAACAUAUAUAUAUACGUUUUUACCGCUAAUGCCCCAAACGUAUAUGUACGUUUUAUUUGUCAUACAUUCAACAUUGCCACGAUAAACCUGAGUCGCCUAGACAUGAGAGAAUGGGUGUGCGCACUCACUGUGCGCCAUAUUAAAAUAAUUGGGGAUGCCUGGGUACCAUAUGCUCUUUUUUCCUAUUAAAAAAAAAAAUUUUUCUCAAAAAAAGUUGGGGCACUACGGGAGAGAAUGUAUAUAUACGUUUGGACCAUUUACGGGUUAAAAAUUUAAAAAGGAGAGUAGAGAGAAUAAGCAUAGCAGGGCAAAUUAGAAGUUAAAAGGAAUUUACCAUGCUCUCUGACCAUGUGUGAAUCUGGUGAGAACACUGUGCAUUCAAAAAAGUAAUGUUCUUCACAUUCCAUGAGGGAUGUCUUCCAGAAGACCAUAGUAGGUCCUUGUUUGAAGGGAAAACUAUGAUGCAAUCUGGGCCCCCAUGGCCCUUAUACGUAGACAUAAUAUGAUGCAACCUCACAGUUCUGGGAGCCUGACUUGCCCAUAACACAAUACCAUACAGGACUCUUAGAUCACCAAUAACAUCAUAACAAGGAUAUUUAGCAGUUAUGAAGCUUAGCUCCUAUAUAGUAAGGCUCAUGAAUCACAAAAAUGUAUAAUACUGUUACCCACAGCUGAUAGCAGUUUACUGACUUCCAACAUGGACCAACAAUACUAUGCACAGAUAAUCAAAAGACUUUUGUAGGGAAGCUGCUGCUGUACUCUGUUGGAUUAUGAUGAUGCAUUUCCUUCAGGCAUGUAAAAAGAUGUAUAUAUACCUUCUUUACACCAGGUAAUAUAUGUCAAUGAAUUCUAACAUUAAAGGCCAAUAAUAAAAAUUUAAUAUAUUCAACACAAAAAUAUUAAGAGUUGCAGCAAUUUUACAAAACAGAAGGAAGAAAAGUUGACAAAAUGCAUAUAACAUUAAACCAGUCAGCUUACAUAUAAUUUAUAUUUUUAAAACCUAACACUAUCUGGACUCGGUUAUUCCUAUUAUUUGCAGUCAAAUGCUCAACAAAAAAUAUAUGUAUGUUUAUAUGUUCCUAACUUUAAAAUAGAUCUAUCAUACACAAUUUUUCAAUUUUUAUUGCUCAUUAACUGUACAAUUGUAAUAGGCAGUAAAUUAUUUCUUUCACAACUGUUGUCAUACAGCAGCAAAAAUUAAGCAAACUAUGUAUAGUCCUCUGAAUAUGCUUUAUAGGUUCAAUAUUAUUUACCUCAAGUAAAAAUAUCAAGGAAAUAUUUAUCUUUUCACCCUCACACAAUAGGGUAAGACUUAACAAUAUACUAUGAAUGACAAAAUUAUCUUACUGAAGCAACUGCAAAGUCCAUUGCUUGAUGGAUAAAUAUCAGGCAAUGUACCACAUGCUUUGAGUGAAAUCAUUUUUAUGCAACUACUUUUUAUCUAAUACUGAACACUGGAAGUGAGAUUCACCAAAUCAUGAAUAUUUUUUUUAAACCCUAAUGCAUUAAGCUUCACUCAGUAUGGUCGAUAAAAGAAAUUAUCUACUAUAAUUGCACCGAUCACGUCAGCACUGAUGCUACACUUGAGAAUAACAAGGCAGAUCUAUUUUUUUUUGUUUCUGCACUUAAAAAUUAUAUAUAUAUAUAUGUACAUAAUAUACACAGCAGGCAUACACUAAAUUAAGACUACCCAUAUGAAAUUGUGGGAUCUGCUAUAUAACAAUAAUCUGUUGGAAAUAACAUAAUUAACAAUACUGAACUUUAUCUAAAUCAGAGGCAUUUGAACUAUGAUCCAUAAUAUAAAUUAAUGCAGAUUGUUAAAAUGGUAACAAAGAAUUUUUAGUUAACAUUAAGAGUCGAGAGGUAUUUUUCAGCAUAAUCACAGCAUCCAUGAGCCAGCAAUGAGACCACUCACACACUACAAAAUCUAACAUUUUGGAAGUGGAGGGGUUCAGAUGCUAUCAUUAUGUUCAAUAAGUUCAACUAUAUACGUAUAUACCUAACUACAUAUACUGUAGUAUGUAUUAAUAUAUUAACAAAAACGUGUCAAGCCCUUAAGGUUCAUACAGUACUCGUAUAAUGUACUGCAGAUGUCACUGCCUGCAGAAACAAAAGUAACCAGUUUAGUACAAUACUCUGACUAAGAUUCCUGGAAGUUCUCACACGGUCAACAAUGAAUUGCCUUUAAGUGGCAAUCACAAAGGCUGGAUUUCUACAUCAGUAUGCCUCUGUUUAAGAUGAAAGUUUUUGGGUAUAAAAUAAAUGCUCUGAGUGUGUUAUUAGGAAUGCCCUGGUUUAAGAUAAAAAUGUAUAAAAAAAAUUAUAAAUUAAGCCAGAUAAUUUAUCAUUAGGUAGCAGUUUGAGAAGCUAAGUAAAUCAAACACCUAUUUUAGAUUACUAUUUGAUACAAACAGGCUACACCUUAUGUAUAAUACAUUACCUGUAUUAGUAAUGUCCACAAUAUACACAAAUGAUAACAUUUUUAUAAAUUAUGGUGAGACUAGAUUGAAUGUUCAUAUCAAUAGACAGUAACUAGAAAUGCUAAUAUAACACAGGUAUCUUUGACUUGAUAAGAUAUCCAGUUUUACAGACUCCUGAACCCUCACUGGGCAAAAAUUAUCAAACUGAAAAUUAUAGCCUAGGUCUGCUUAAGACAAUCUUAGCAUAGCAAUUGUAAGUUGGCCCUAGGGUGUUGCCUGCAAAAUAAUAUGCAUAGACACUUGUAUACCUCAUACACUCCAGCAUAUUUCACUGGGAAAUCACUAUACUACAAAAUGGACUUCAGUGCUCAGCACUGACUCUCAACAAUGUACAUCUAUACUCAGAUGCAUACAGACAUAAUUGGAUAUAUUAAAUAUUUACACAUAGAAGAAGCAAAAUACUCCAUCUAUGUGAUGCCCUAUACUAUGACCAACAAUAUGUUUCAAAAUAUAUGGAAUUUCUUUGAUAUAGCAUUACAUAACAUUAGUUACCUGUAUACAUUAGUUGUGUGAGGAAUAGCUGUGUAGGUGCCAUGAGUCACGUAAUCUUUAUGGAAGACGUGCAGAGGCUCCUCCAAAAACCUCAACUAAACAGUUUCCAUGACUCGCCAGCAGAUACUUCUAUAAUUCCCAAGCAUCACACUAAUAUACAUAAUUAAUUUUUAAAAAAUUAAUACUUUAUUCUACCAGUCAUUCAGUUAAACCUUGGGUAUUUAUCAAAGUACAUCAGUUGAUGUUGAUACUCAGUACUUUCCUCCUUAUCAUGAUUUUUGUGCUUAAAUGUUUAUUGAUUAAUAAAUGGAUUACUUUAUAAAAUAAAAAGAUGAGUAUCUUAAAAACUUGAGGAAUACCACUUGACUGUCUUUCUUGUGCAGGAUGAUAUGAUUGCUUCUCAAUUGUUACCCACACAAUUAAUUCCACAUCUCUUAUAUCUACUGUAUGUUAAAUUUCUAACAAUUUUAUUGUACCAUGAAAUUGAGCAAAUAUCAUUUAUUAAGAAGCUUUAAUCCUGAUUAUAUGAACAAAACAUUCUCACUGAAAAGCUAACACAUGUCAGUCCUCACACUUUUCCUUUAAAUUAUGUAAAUUAAAUUAUGCUUGUACAUUUAAGUGUACAAAAAAGCUCAUUACCGAGGUAUAUGCUGAGAGGUAUUCCGGAGGGAUUUUUCCUACAUAUCUUAAAAAAAAGUGAUUUUUCAUAUACGAUUAUGCAAUUAAUCUAAUACACCAGUACAGUACUGUAUAAGAGCUACAGAAACUACAUAAUGCAAGUUUCAUGAUCCAGGAAAAUAUGGAAAUCCUGCUAGUAGAUAUGUGUACACUUUAAAACUCAAAAGUUACAUUAUGUACACUUAAAGAACAUUAGCAGACGGUUUGUACCCUGCCCACAAGUAAAACAAGAUAGGAGUCAUUGGGCCUUGUGGAGAUAAUUUACAAAAUAUGAAGCUCACAGUAUGAAAUGAGGCUGGUGAUACCCACUAGCCAGUUAUUUCAGCAUCUUCAGGUAAUUUGUCGCUUGUUAUUAUGGGUAAUCUUUGCUUAACAACAAUUCAAUAAAGGAUAUUCAAUAUACAGUACAAUAACUGAAAUAUUAAAAAACACAUGCUAUAAAAAUUUGGAUUCAACAUACAACACAAAGAAACGAACUGGCACAUGCCUCACACUCAGUGAUGCUCACAUGCUAGGAGAUGGUAGCACAAAACUACUUUCAUGGUAAAUGUUUGUUUUGAAACACCAAGGCAUACUUCAUGGCUUGUACAAGUCCUCACAUAGUGCAAUUUUUACUCGCCCAGUAAAUCAACUGAGCAAAUUUUUUAGAAGUUUGUUGAUUUUAAUUUUGAGCCAAAAGCACUUAAGCUGAAAAUUAAUGGUACCAUAUUUUCCUUAUAUAAUACUCUAGUAGUGUUAAUAUUGAAAUUACAUUAAAAGAACUUUAUCAAAGAAGUGUGAAUGCUAAGAGGAAGAUCACAACAUUUUGCUUCUGGCCAAGAAUCCAAGCAUCGUUGGUGAAUGUUCCUUUUACUUUUAAUAUUUCUUUUUAAACUAAACUUGUUAUUUGUACAUAUACAUACAGAUGGUGCAUGUGCUGUUCUUCCAUCAUUUAUUUGGCAGAAAUCCCCAAAGUAUAUAUAGGUACAGUAUAUAUAUCUGUAAAAAAUUUUCUCAUCACUCGUCUCCAAUUACAGUACAGUAUAGUACUGUACAUAAUGGGAGUCAAUGAGAAACCUAUAUUCCGAGUCAUGAAACUGCAAUAACAAGAUUGCAAACAAACCAUGGAAUAGGUAGGGUUCAAACCCCACCUGUUCCAUGGCCUAUAUUCUGAUAUAUGACACUUUGAUAUGCAACAGGAUUUCAUGUAAUGCAUGUGUCAUUAAGUGAGGAUUACCUACCAUAUAUACUAGAGUAUAGUCCAACUUUGUGUACAAGUCAACCCUUGACGUUUUUUUUUUUUUUUUUGUUUUUGCAAAAAAAUCCUUAAUUUUUCAUAUAUCUCGUGGAUGGUUCAACCCUAGUUUUUAACGGACAGUAGAACAUUUUAAAAUUAAAGUACUGUACUGGGUGUUAGCAGUAUGUUGUUCUGUACAAAAAUCUCCAAGUCUAGUGUUUUCUCUUAUAAACUUUAUCCUAAGAAAUAUAUAGAGAAAGGCUAACAAAGAGAAAAAAAAAAUUCUCUACUUGAGCUAAUAUUAUGGUGACUCACUACAGUGAGGUCAGGUGAGCAACACAGCUACAAAGACUAAGGUAAUAUUUCAGUCUAAUAAAAAUACAGCAGCACUUUGAAAGGUCUACUGACUAGUGCUAGGUAGACCCUAUGGAACAGAUUCAAAUGCAACACUUAAGACAUUAUAUUUUUCACCCACAGGGGGCUUUAUCAAUUGCCUCUAGUGGGUAAGUGCUGCAUGUGUCUUUAUUCUACAGUUGGUCAGUACUGUUAUAACUGGUACUUGUAUUAGGAAGGCUCUGCUCACCUCAAAUACUCACACUCAUUGACCAUUCCCACUCGUGUAGUUGUCAGUGUUUUCUUCUGUGGGUAAUUC